GGAGGCCGCCGAGCGCCGGAGCGGGGGCCCGGGCCGAGGGCGCGGCGGGACUGUGCGCACGCUGGGGCGCGUGGAGGGGCGCGGAGGGCGAGAUGAGUCUGGUGGGGGGCUUCCCCCACCACCCAGUGGUGCACCAUGAGGGCUAUCCGUUCGCCGCCGCCGCCGCCGCCGCUGCCGCCGCCGCCGCCAGCCGCUGCAGCCACGAGGAGAACCCUUACUUCCAUGGCUGGCUCAUCGGCCACCCCGAGAUGUCGCCCCCCGACUACAGCAUGGCCCUGUCCUACAGCCCCGAGUACGCCAGCGGCGCCGCCGGUCUGGACCACUCCCAUUACGGGGGGGUGCCGCCGGGCGCCGGGCCCCCGGGCCUGGGGGGGCCGCGCCCGGUGAAGCGCCGGGGCACCGCCAACCGCAAGGAGCGGCGCAGGACUCAGAGCAUCAACAGCGCCUUCGCUGAACUGCGCGAGUGCAUCCCCAACGUGCCCGCCGACACCAAACUCUCCAAGAUCAAGACGCUGCGCCUGGCCACCAGCUACAUCGCCUACCUCAUGGACCUGCUGGCCAAGGACGACCAGAACGGCGAGGCGGAGGCCUUCAAGGCGGAGAUCAAGAAGACAGAUGUGAAAGAAGAGAAGAGGAAGAAGGAACUGAACGAAAUCUUGAAAAGCACAGUAAGCAGCAACGACAAGAAAACCAAAGGCCGGACGGGCUGGCCGCAGCACGUCUGGGCCCUAGAGCUCAAGCAGUGAGAAGGAGGAGGGAGAGGAUAGAGGAGGAGGAGAAGAAGAAGGAGAAGAAGAGGAGGAGAGUGCGAGCCGGGCCCAGGAGCCGGAUGCAGACCCAGGACUCCGGGCAAGCUCCGCGCGCUCCGCUCUGAGGACUUCCUGCAUUUGGAUCAUCCGGUUUAUUUAUGUGCAAUGUGCCUCCCUCUCUUUGCCCCCCUUCGAGGCAUCCGCUCCCCACCUUCCCCUCCAAAAACAAAGUGGAUAUUUGAAGAAAAGCAUUCCAUAUUUUAAUAUGAAGAGGACACUCCCGCGUGGUAAGGGAUCCCGGCGUCUCGUAGAUUCUCUGUUUGUGAAUGUUUCCUCCUGGCUGUGUAGACACCAGCGGUGCCCUCUCCCCAACCCCUUCCAGAUAAAGACAGCGGACAAUAGUGUGUAUGUGAAGUGUAUCUUUAAUACUUGGCCUUCGGAUAUAAAUAUUCCUGGGGAUUAUAAAGUUUUAUUUCAAAGCAGAAAACGGGGCCGCUAACAUUUCCGUUGGGGUCGGUAUCUAGUGCUGCCGUUUCAUCUGUGGUGGUUCCCUAUGUGAAGAUGUUUCCAACAGCUACUUGUUUUGUGCACUUCCGUCCUCUAAAAUUAAGUGGAAUUUAAUUAAUAUUGAAGGUGUAAACGUUGUAAGUAUUCAAUAAACCACUGUGUGUUUUUUUUUUUACAAAACCCCAAUCUUUUAAUGGUGGAUACCUCAAAAGAGUUUUGAAAACAAAACUGCUAUACUUGUUUUCAUUAUAUUUAAAAUAUUCAGAAGUAAACUAAAUUAUCAUG